AACAUGUCGAGAGACUGGGUUAGGAAACCGAAAGCGUGUAGAUUGCGCCCUCUAGUUGCAGAAGCGGGAGAUGUUCCUUCCCGCCGUGCAUGUCGGUGUGCGGUGCUGAUGUGCUGUAUGCACAGUAUGUAGUGAGCGGCUAUCAGUCCUUCAGUCAGUCAGUCGGGAGAUGUUGCUGAGUCAGCCAGCGGCGCCAGCGAUACGGGAGACAGGUGUGGACCUAUCGUCGUUCGGAGGACAACUAGCAAACUGGUACACUCAUCAGACCACCACACCAUCGUCUGGGGCAUGUAUCCGAAUAUUUGUACCUGUAUGUCAUCAUCAUUCCAAGAGUAGCCACCAGGCCACUUCUUAAAGAAACAGACAUUACUACCAGUCCAGCUUACAGUAGACUUUUAAUUUCUUCAACUGAAAUGGGCUUACCUUCUAAUCAACCUGAUUGCUUAUGGGUCGUGACUGUGAUUUAUGCAACUGGCUUUUUCUGCUGAUAAUGCAGCCAUACCCACCAUAUAAAAAUGGAUGGUUCUACAAAGUACAGUCAGUAUUUAGUUGAUGGUCAUUUAGUCCGUGAUUGCCCUUCCCACUACCUGUGAUAUUGUUUUGGUGGGUAUGGUGCCUAAAUAGGAUCAGAUGUCAGCGCAGAGGAUCUGCGCAGCAUCAGUCUUCUAGUCUGUGAUGCUGUGAUGCCUCAUAUAAAAAACUUCUAUUUUUGCAAAGAUCCGGACUUCUAAGAGAAGAAAGAAGUAUUUUUAAUAAAGUUACGCCAACUUCGUUGAAGAGUGAAGAUUUGAAAGUGUGUGUGGUCAGCGCCACUCACAGUACUAGAUGUAUUUAAAACCAAUCACCGGAUCGCUGCAACCAACAGAGUUUGAAAGGACAAAAAACUAAAAUUGUGUACAGCCUUUCCAGAAGUCCGAGUUGUGCUUGUAUUGUUGCUCAAGUGCCUGACUUUGGCUUCCGAACUGUAUCAAUUCUACUUAUUACUGUGCACCUUCCAUGGAGCAGCAAGUCCGAGAAUAUUUGAACCACUGCCUUGUACCCGUGACUUCAGAAGCCGCUGCAUCAGUUUCCGGUCCGGGACCAGGCCCUGGUCCUGGGCCAGGACAUGGUGGACCUCCACCUCCACCAGGCCCUGCUGGAUGCAUGGGUAAUCGUAUACUCUCUCGGAAUGCAAACGGAACAAUUGCAAUGACGACUCAACCGACUAAUGAAUCUGAACUUCAAUUGUAUCGAGUUUUACAGAGAGCAAACUUGCUGUCUUAUUAUGACACUUUCAUUUGCCAAGGGGGUGACGAUGUUCAACAGCUCUGCGAAGCUGGAGAGGAGGAGUUCCUGGAGAUCAUGGCGCUCGUGGGCAUGGCUAGCAAGCCGCUCCAUGUCCGAAGGCUCCAAAAGGCUCUCCAAGAAUGGGUCAACAAUCCAGCUAUGUUUCAGACACCACUCGUGCCCGCCUUAACACCAAAUCACCCGAACCACCCCAUGAACCCCAUGAAUGCCGUCAGCAGGGCGGGAGGACCCGUCAACUUAUCACAGCCAGCCUUGCCCAUGCGACCGAGCCCUCCUAUCCCCAUGCUCACCAAUAAUAGUCAUUCCUCACCAUCUCCCGGUAACAAGGACGUCCCAUCACCCUCUCAACUUCAACAACAGCAACAACAGCAGCAGCAACAGCAGCAGCAACAACAACAGCAACAGCAUCAACAACAACAACAACAACAUCAACAGCAUCUGCAGCAUCAACAACAUCAACAGCAACAACAACCACAACAACCACCGGGCGGUGGUGUUCCUCAUCAGCCCCCUCCUCCUCAUCCACAAUCUUUACCGCAGUAUGUCAUGAAUAUGCCGGAAGAUGAUCCACGAAGGAUGGAUGAAAUCCGAAAAUAUGCUGCUAUUUAUGGUCGAUUUGAUUGUAAAAGAAAACCUGAAAAACCAUUGACUUUACAUGAGGUAUCGGUGAAUGAAGCUGCAGCACAAAUCUGUAAGCACAUUCCAGCUCUUCUUACUCGCAGAGAUGAGUUGUUUCCUUUAGCGAGGCAGGUGGUUCGAGACAGUGGCUAUCAGUAUUCUAAAGGACAUUCAAGUAUGGACAACACUUGCAGGUCUCAGUGUUAUAGUAAACCUUAUGAUGAAGAAACGUGCAAACGCAUUCGACUAGAUCAAAGCCCUAGUAAUAUACCCGUACCUGAAAAAGCCCAAAUAGAAGAUGAAGUGAAGAAGAGACAGGAGAAACUGGAUGUUUUAGCAGAACAGUUAAAAUUGUUAGGUAAUCAACAAGAAGAAUUGAAAUCACGCUUACAGCAAGCAAGAGAACUUCAAAAUUUUCCUGCAGUAAAUCACGUUCAAGCUCAAUUAGAACAGAUAUCCACGCAACAGAUGCAAUAUAUCAAUGAACAAAGUAAAAUCAACAAAGAGCUAAGACGGCUGGACCGGCUUUUUUCUGGUGGAAAGGGCUGUGGACGUCUUUCAUCAUGUUCAGAACCUGAUAAAAUAGAUGAUGACACUGAUUCACAAUUUUCAGCAUAUAGUACAACAUCAUCUCCCACUUUAAAUCAUGAUGCUAAUGAUUCACCAUCACAAGAUUCGAGUCAGUGUCAGCAAUCUUCAGAUGUAUUUUCUUCUAUGAAAGCAGUUCAAGGAAAAAAGACCAGUGCCCAAAUUACAAAACAGUUAGUACAAGAAACUCUUAUUGAUGAAGGACUACGUGUAGUUAAAGAAUUGGCUAAUCAAAUUAGAGACGAUACCAAUAUUCAUAUUCCUCCUCCCAAACCAGAAGGUCGUCCUCGCGGUAGACCACCAAAAUUAGACAGGGAUUAUUCAAUAUCCACAGCUUCAGCAACAAAUGCUAUUCAUACUCCCACUUCUUGCAGUGCAUCAAUGCCUGCUACUGGCUUAGUCAGUAGUGGUCCUCCAACACCAUCAGCUCAGAACGGUCGAAGUCCAAUGUCUGUAAAUGGGCCAUCAGAAAAUAACAGUGCCUCUCACGUGGACAUAAUGACAGUGCCCAUCACAAAUGGCACCAGUGGCCUUCAACAUGGUACAGGCAAUAGUGAUAAAUCUAAUGAUAAUUCACAAAGUGAUACAAAUAAGGGAUCUGAAAACAGUUUAAAUGCACUCUUAGCUUUUUCUCAAAAGGGAUUAAUAAAACAAGAACCACCAUCACCAACCAUUGGUUUUAAAAUGGAAUAAAUCAUUUUUUCACUUUAUAGAAAAGCCACUUUGCAAUUAUAGUCAAUAAAAUAAUACAAACAGCUGUUGCAGUUGGUGUUCCCUCUGUUUUUGUUUGUUGCAAGUUGAAGAAAAUUGCACAGUUGAGUGAUAUUGAAUCCUGCAGCCUUUGUGUCUACAGCUUUUCACCUUCAUCAAUAUUCUUACAUCGGAUCCCAUAUUAUUUUAGUUGUUUGUGCAGUGUCUGCAAACAUUGUGUACAUGCUAUUCAUUCCAUAAUUGAAGUCAUAAAAUGUAGAGUUCAUGUGCAAUUUCUAAGCUUUUUAGUGAAUCAGAUUACAAUGAUUACAAUAUGACUGAGACCACAAAUGUGGUAAGAAAAAGUCUGUGAUUCUUUUCUUGUUUUAUAUAUGUGAUCGCUAUUGCAGUUGCAAUGACUGCAUAGUGGCCAAUAAUGCAAAACUGUUUGCUCCAAGAUUGCUGUUGCUGUCAACUUUCAGUGAGGUUUGUGAAUUUUAAUUUAAAUGUUUACUUUUUUUAAUGAUAAAUCCAUUAUACAAGAUAAAACAAUAGAUACAUUUUUUGAUCCAUCUGCAUAAUCUGUGUUAUCAGAAGCUUAAAACUUUUUUCUGCAGAAGCAAGUUGUGGUCAUUGAUAGAUCACUUAUUGUGGUGCUUGCUAACAGAAAGGAUAAAAAUUGUAAAUGUGAAUUUUGCUGUCAUAGUAGUAUAUAGGCAAUGCAUUAGAAUACAAAUAGUAUCAUCUCUUCUAGAUACUAUAUGUUAGAUAUAUGUAUACAAGAUUGUGGUAAUCUAUAUUCCCCUAAAAUGUCGUGAUACAUUAACGCUCCAUAUACAGAUGAAAUGCUCAUAGAAUAUGCAUGAUCCAGAAAUAUACAGUACUUCAAAACUGAUUUAAUCAGUGAUCACAAUAGCUGCAUCAAAAUAGUUUCAUUAGUGUAUCAACAGCAGCGAAUUUGUGGCCACAAUACCAAAAUAAAAAAGUUGCAAUAUGUAUUCGGUAAAUUUUGUCUAUAUGCCAUGGACAAUGUAUGCUGCUGUGAUCAGUUACUCCAAAUGAGUAACUCUAUGCUGAUACCAGCAUACACAUUUAGAUUGUCUAUGCCCUUUGGGACAUAGUUGCAAUAGGUGGAAUGCUGUGAUGAAUGUUGCUGCCAUACAAAACUUGACAAGGCAGUAACAACUUUCCCCUUGUAUCUUUUUCUCCCUGUAAGUGUCAUGAAGUCAUUUGUAGUAUGAAAUGAAGCAGUUCACAUACUGUUGUGCAUAUGUAAUUCAAAGUGAUUUUGUUGUGAUAUUGUAAAAAAAAUGGGGGGUUAGAGUUUUGCCAAAAGUGGGAUAAAACCAAAAAUUGUGAUAAAA